AUGGACGACCUCUUCCCCCUCAUCUUCCCCGCAGAGCCGGCGCAGGCCUCCGGCCCCUAUGUGGAGAUCAUCGAGCAGCCCAAGCAGCGGGGCAUGCGCUUCCGCUACAAGUGCGAGGGCCGCUCAGCCGGCAGCAUCCCUGGCGAGAGGAGCACGGACACCACCAAGACCCACCCCACCAUCAAGAUCAAUGGCUACACGGGGCCAGGGACAGUCCGCAUCUCCCUGGUCACCAAGGACCCCCCUCACCGGCCUCACCCCCACGAGCUUGUGGGGAAAGACUGCCGGGAUGGCUUCUAUGAGGCUGAGCUCUGCCCCGACCGCUGCAUCCACAGCUUUCAGAACCUGGGGAUCCAGUGUGUAAAGAAGCGGGACCUGGAGCAAGCCAUCAGCCAGCGCAUCCAGACCAACAACAACCCCUUCCAAGUUCCCAUAGAAGAGCAGCGCGGGGACUAUGACCUGAAUGCUGUCCGGCUCUGCUUCCAGGUGACAGUGCGGGACCCAGCAGGCAGGCCCCUCCGCCUGGUGCCUGUCCUCUCUCAUCCCAUCUUUGACAACCGCGCCCCCAACACCGCCGAGCUCAAGAUCUGCCGGGUGAAUCGGAACUCUGGGAGCUGCCUUGGUGGGGACGAGAUCUUCCUGCUAUGUGACAAGGUGCAGAAAGAGGACAUCGAGGUGUAUUUCACGGGACCAGGCUGGGAGGCCCGAGGCUCCUUUUCACAAGCUGACGUGCACAGGCAAGUGGCCAUUGUGUUCCGGACGCCGCCCUACGCAGACCCCAGCCUGCAGGCCCCUGUGCGCGUCUCCAUGCAGCUGCGGCGGCCUUCCGAUCGGGAGCUCAGCGAGCCCAUGGAAUUCCAGUACUUGCCAGACACAGACGAUCGUCACCGGAUUGAGGAGAAGCGCAAAAGGACAUACGAGACCUUCAAGAGCAUCAUGAAAAAGAGCCCUUUCAAUGGACCCACCGACCCCCGGCCUCCGACCCGGCGCAUUGCUGUGCCUAACCGCGGCUCAGCCUCCAUCCCCAAGCCAGCUCCCCAGCCCUAUUCCUUUACGCCAUCUCUCAGCACCAUCAACUUUGAGGAGUUUUCCCCCAUGGUCUUUCCUUCUGGGCAGAUCCCAAGCCAGACCUCGGCCUUGGCACCAGCCCCCAACCCGGUCCUGACCCAGACCCCAGUCCUGGCCCCAGCCCCAGGCAUGGCAUCAACCCCGGCCCCGGCCCCAGCCCCAGGCAUGGCAUCAACACUGGCCCAGGCCCUAGCCCCAGGCCUGGCUCAGGCUGUGACCCCGCCUGCCCCCAAGACCAACCAGACUGGGGAAGGGACACUGACAGAGGCCCUGCUGCAGCUGCAGUUUGAUACCGAUGAAGACCUGGGGGCUCUGCUUGGCAACAACACUGACCCUGCCGUGUUCACAGACCUGGCAUCUGUCGACAACUCUGAGUUUCAGCAGUUGCUGAACCAGGGUGUACCCAUGGGCCCCCACACAGCUGAGCCCAUGCUGAUGGAGUACCCUGAGGCUAUAACUCGCCUGGUGACAGGGUCCCAGAGGCCCCCUGACCCAGCUCCCACUCCCCUGGGGCCCCCUGGGCUCACCAAUGGCCUCCUCUCAGGGGAUGAAGACUUCUCCUCCAUCGCAGACGUGGACUUCUCAGCCCUCCUGAGUCAGAUCAGCUCCUAA